CAAAGUUACAUUUGUAAUACAUUUUAGUGUCAUAACUAAACUCAUAAGCACACACUCCAAAAACUAUAGAUUUCAUUAUGGACAAUUUCGGUAUACCCACCGAGAUCAAUGUUGGUGUUAUGAAGGCGAUCGCUGAACUUCAGUACACUGACUCUGAUUGUGGUUUUGUGAACGAAAAGAAGAUCAACGAUCAUGUGGUGUAUUACAAACAUGAUAAAGAUUCGCUUGUUCGGCAGUCCCUAGACAAUUUAACUUUUUUGGGCAUCUUGGUGCGAACUGGAUCUUCGGCGUUUGCCUUGCGACAAAACCUACAAUUUGCAUCUGGAGCAAAUGCAAUUCCAUGGAUCACUCCUCAAAAGCAAGAUGGGAACCUUAAGCGUGCCGCUAAAAUGAAACAAAAUUCAACAGCUAAAAAGAAAAGUUUUUCCCCCGCAGAAAUAGAUUCGUUGUUUUCCUACUACUUUGAACAAUAUAAGAACAUGAAAACGAUCACUAAUCGUGAACACUUUGAAGUAAAUAGUAAGACCAUAGUAUUAGAAGAUACAAACAAGUUGCCACUCAAUAUCGUUCUCAAGAAUCAGAAAUCAAAACCAAUGGAAGAAGUUUCGAAAAAUGUGGAAUCAAAGCUUAAAAACACAAAUCGCAAGGGCAAAAGAAAUAUUGAAGCUAAAACGAAAAGAUGUUCCCCCGCAGAAAUAGAUUCGUUAUUUUCCAGAUACUUUGAAGAAUACAGGAGCAUGAAAAUCAACAAUAAUCCUGUAAACUCUGAAGUAAAUACAGGACCGGAGGAUAUAACCAAUAUGUUACCUUUUAAUGCUCUUCUCGAGGAUCAGAAGUCAAAACCAAUGGAGGAAGUUUUGGAAAAUGUGGAAUCAAAGCUUAAAAUCACGAAUCGCAAAAACAAGCGAAAUAUUGAGGCUAAAAAGAAAAUAUAUUCCCCCCGCAGAAAUAGAUUCGUUGUUUACCAGUUACUUUGAAGAAUACAAGAACAUGAAAACAACCAAUAAUCGUGAACACUUCGAAGUAAUAGAAGAUACAAACAAUAAGUUGCCACUCAAUAUCGUUCUCGAGAAUCGAAAAUCAAAACCAAUGGAGCUUUCUCCAUUGAUCAUCAAAUCAUCAAAUAAUGUGGAUACGAAGCUUGAAAUCACAAAGCACAAAAACAAACGAAGUUUUGAAGCUAACAAGAAAAGAUGUUCCCCCGCAGAAAUAGAUUCGCUCUUUACCUAUUAUUUUAAAAAAUAUAAGAAAAUCAAAACUAUAAAUAAUUCUGAAAACUCCAAAGCAAGAACUUCUUCAAAACUUGGGAUGACAGGACUGGACGAUAAUAAUAAUUUACAACUCAGUGAACCUCUGGAUGGUCAGACCUCUAAUUCAAUUCAGAUUGCGGUAGAAAAAGCGGAACCAAAGCGUAAAAUUACAAUGGCCAAGGAGAAACGAAAUUUGAAAACAAAGAAAAAAUAUUAUUACUGCCCAAAAAUCGAUUCGAUAUUUGCUAAUUGCUUUGAAAAAUAUAGAAGGAAUAUGACUAUAGAUUAUUCAGAUGUUACUGUAUCAAAACGUGAGUCAAUAUUAGGAUCAACUGGACUGAAAGUAGCAAGCAAUAUUUUGCCAAUAAAGGAUAAAGAGUCUUUUAGUUGUUGGAAAUUUACAGAUCCAUUAGUUAUUUAAUAUAUUUUCGAAAAUUUGUAGUUGCUUCUAUGCAAUUUAAUAAAUUUAAAAAAUUAAUAUAAUAAAGCUU